AUGGGGAGACGAGCGACUGACCUGACAACUCCGGUUCCAGUUUUAGGUGUCCCUGCCCUGGUUGGAGUGCGUGGUUGGAGGACAACAGGAGGAGACAGAACUGGAGGAGCCCUGCUGCAACCUUGGGGACCUCAGUGCAGCGUCGGUGUUCAGACGUCCCCAGGGAUAAGCAGACCAUCCGCACAGCACAGUGUACAACUAACUGAUACUCCCUCGACACCAUCAGAUAACAUUACUCACACCUCCAAGAGCUAUAUUACCACUGAAACGGAAUAUAGGGAGAUAUUACUGCUGACAAAGACUGACAAGGAGAAAAGGGCUAUUUUAAAGAAGAAAAGUGGGGAAUCCAAGACCAAGAAGGAAGUGACUUUCAAAGCACUUGGAGGUGAGGCCUCUAAGGAUGUGACCUGCAGUCAGAGGAACAGUAGUGGGACUUAUUGCUAUGCCAGGGCAAUCAAGACCAACCCACACUUUGCAGGGAAUGUAACCAACUGCAGGCCUAAAGUGAAAUCUGCUGCCCGCUACACCAACGGCAGCGUGGUCGACUCGGAGGCGAUCGGUGGAAUCAGCGUUCAUAACGAUGAAGCGGAGCCUGUUAAGAGUUCAAACUCUCGUGGAAGAGACCAAAGUCAUUAUGCAGAUCGGUGUGGAAAGACGCUGCUGUUAUCUGCUGCCCGACCUUUCAGUGUGACACAAAAAAUAUGCAGCCACUGCGGUGGCAGACAGGCCGCAACCACCGGAGUUUCGGCUUCGGGGGAGAAAUGCUCAAUUGCUGAUGCUUGCCUUGCAGAGAAACCACUGAAUUCAGCCCUUACCUCACCCUCGAUUACCAUGCACGUCCAGAUGCCCCCUAUUGAGAAAAACCUUAAGCCAAGCAUUCAUGAAAUCUCUGAGAGCAUCACAAACGGAGACAAAACGACACACAUUAAUCCACAGCUGUUAUAUUUUAGUGAGGAACUAAAGUAUGGGAAAACACCACAUCCAGCAUGCCCAGUGCACUCCCGCAGCAAUUUGGUCAAUUUGUCACAGACAAAUGCUGCCAAUGAUGCAACAUCCCCUCAACCCACAACCAUCCUACAUGCUAAAACCAUCACUGUCACUAAAGCAACUAUUGAAACAAGACAAGAGGAAGCCAGUUUAAAAUCUUUUCCACAACCAUCACAUGUCGGCAAGAUCCCCCGACCAACAAGUCUCAUGCUGACUCCACAGAUGGCCACGGCCACCAGACCAAACGACCCACAUUCACACACUUAUCCCAAGCUUCUCAAACUAUCCCAACACAACUCUACGCAACGUAAUGUGCCUCAAAGUGUGUGUGUGUCUGUGCACGCUACACCUGAAAAUACUCCACCAAGUCAUUUGUACACCACUGCGGUGGGAUGUGGAAAGACGAUUACCACUGAAAGUAAAGUUGCUAAUGCUCAACAUGAAAUGCAUGCAGCACGAGUAACCGUAGCAAUAAAUACAACUAGCAGCCCAAGAAUGACCCCUAAGUCUCCUGCUUCGGCCAAUUCAUUAGAUGCCAUUCAUAAACCAGAAUUGAUUGCACAACCUGCACCUGCAAGUCCACCAUGUACCUCAUGCAAUUCAAGUCAUACACCUCCAUCUUCAACAGUCAACAGCAACUCACAGGUUAAAAUGUCUUUUACAGACACUGUAAUGAACUCAACUACACCACAUCCACGUCUCAGCACUGUUGUCUCACAGAACACUUUGAGUCAUCGCCCUAACUCAGCUCAUAUCAGCACUCGACAUAAAUCUGUUGCUAAACAAAUCCACCUAAUCCAACGUAACUCCUCGAAUUCUGAGCCUGCGCUUCAUGUUUCUACAGCGUCUCUGAACGCAGCGCCAAGUGCAGCGAAACCCCUAGACUCAAGAGCUAGGUUGCCUUCAAGUGCAGCUCCCAGUUCCAACGCUACAUGUGACAGCUCUCUAUACCGAAAUAAAGCCCUCAGGUACUCCUCAAUCAAUCUGAAAAACUCACCACCCACCGUCUCCACCUCUUCAUCUACAUUGACAGGAAACCAAAGCAAUGUCUGUGCAUCAGGUACACGUUCACUUCAAUCAGCAGACACAAAACAAAACAACAAAGAUCUUAAUGGUAAUGAAGCGCCUCGCGUAAAUCAUCCUGAUCACACAGAAGCAACAGACAGAAGAACUCAAAGCAGUAAUGAGUCAGGUGUGUGUGGUUUCGUUUCCAAUGAGGAAAACAACUCCACAACAGCUCCGCUUGUACUAUCUGAGCCGCUAAAUGUGUCAAAAAUUCAUAACAGAGGCAAUGAUGCAAGCACCCACAAUCCUAAAUCAACCAUUACUCCCAGUACUGAAUCAUAUACUGAUUUAAACAAAUUCAGUGGUAAUCGAAUCAAUGAAUUAGUUGCGCACGAGUCAAAUGACCAUGAAAAUUCAAAUCUGUCCCAGGUCACCAACCUUCAGAAUAACAUUUCCCUAAUUAAGUCAAGCAGCUCUUGUCUGCAGGGUUGCAUAAACACAGAACAACAAAGGCUCGCACAUUAUCAAGGAUACACACAAACAGAAUAUGAGGGACUCUGUGCUACAUGCCCACCAGUAAAAAAAGCCCAGGAGACAGAUGCAAAUACAGAACAAUUUGCCUUGGGAGUAUCAGUCAGGCAUGCAAAUAUUAAGCUUAAAUCUAACGCAGAUAAACAGACACUUGCCAAUUAUUCAACACUUUCUGCCAAAGCACAAACUAACUGUGAGCCCACUAUCUCAUCGCUGGAAAACACUGGUGCACAGCCCAUAACCAAACCUCCAGUCCACCAAAACUCUAAUUCAUAUUCUUCACCACAAGCACACACUAGUCCAGAGCUUUCAUUCACUGCACCAGCCCAUUUUAAAAGUGAGGGAGAGCUUUGUAAACACAAAGGGCCUGAAUGUAACUCCAUACUGCCAUCAUCAACAAUGCACUUGGCAUCCCUUCCCCGCCUCCGGUUCUGCAAGGCAGAGGCAAUCGGCAGACCGGAUUCAAAGUUUAGCCCCGCUCCCCCUCUGCCGUGCCCAGAGGACACCAGCCUGGCUCACUCCCACCCAGCUGCUGCAGCCCUGUUGCUGCCUCCUUCCCCACAGUGCUGCAAAUCAACAGCCCUACAGCAGAGGCUGGAGACUGUGGAGGCCAGCCUGGCAGCCAACAAGGACAGGAUCACCACUCUGCUUAACAUUAUCCAUGACCUGGAGGCGUGCCACACUCCCACCAGCGGUCGGCGAUGCUACAAAACUGGACAGGACCUCAGAAACUGCUCAACCUGCCAGAAGACUGCUUGUAUUGUCUACAGUGUGGAGUACGACUUCAGGCAGCAGGAAAGACGCUUCUUGGAGAUUCUGAAUGAUUCAGCAAGAGGAAAUAAUGACUUUUCCCUGCAUCUAUCCCAAUCCCUGAACUUCAGCCUGCUUAGAAACGUCAUCAUUAAGAACUUAUCAAAGUCAAAGGUGAGAAGCAAAAAGCUGUGCAAGACCCUGUUCAAAUGGCUGCCCAGGAAAAUCCAGAAAGUGUAGACGUCUCAACAUCACCUGCGUGCUGCUGAAUAGCCAUAAGCCUGUGUUACAAGUGACCAGCAGAAGCCUUUGCAGAGGACUCUUCCCUUCCUCCCCAUAGAUUGAGAUAAUCUCACCCAGUAGCGUUCCAGUCUCCUGAACAAUGUCGAAGCUUAUAAACAUGAUUUUGUCCUCAAAUUUUGCUCCUAAUCUUUGUGACCUUCAGCUAGUAACAUCCAUAACAAAUUACUCAUUUCACUCUUGAAAGUUAAUGUUAUUUCGUUGUCAACAUGCCUGCUUCAAAUUUAUGGCCACAGAUUCCUUUAUCUAAUUUUCCAGGAGAUUCCGUUAUGCACUGUUUUGAUUAAUGCUCCAUGAAUUCCAGUUGAUGUUACAUUUCCCCUUCAAUCGACCCUCUUACCUGCUUCUCCUAAAUGUGCAGUUUUUGAAUGGUAUCAUUUUGAAAUGCAAAAAUAAAUCAGAAUUUACUGAC